AUGACCGUGUACAGAACAGUAUUCAGACCCAUAUUGAUAUUCGGAAGUGAGAGCUGGGUAUUAACGAACAGGCAAAAAAUCAAGUUACAGGCUAUUGAUAUGAAAUACCUCAGGGCAGUCAGAGUCACUAGGAAAGACAAAAUUAGAAACGAAGUUAUUAGAGAAGAGCUGGGAGUAGAAUCUGUACUACAAAGGAUUGAAGAAAACCAAUUAAAAUGGUUUGGGCAUUUAGUAAGGAUGAAGGAUACAAGGCCGUUAAAUUCAUAUGGGAAGCGAGGAAUACGUGGAAUGAUGGAUUGGCGAAAAUACUCAAGAACAGGGGAAUAA